CUCAGCUGUUCCAAUAAUCCACUGAAUGAUUAGUGUCUAAUCCACAACCAUGACUCUCCAAGCUUUGUUUCUCCUCCUACUUGUUUUGAUUGCAUCUUCUGUCUCUCUCUUAUCGAUCAGGCGAAAAAAGACGACGAGAAGGCUCCCUCCUGGACCUAAGAGGCUCCCAAUUAUUGGAAACUUGCACCAGCUUAGUAACUUCAACCAUAGAUCACUUCAAGUCCUUUCAAACCAACAUGGACCACUCAUGUUCUUGCAACUGGGUUCAGUGCCUGCAAUUGUAAUCUCUUCUGCUGAUAUUGCCAGAGAAAUCUUCAAAGCUCAUGACCUUGUAUUUUCAGGCCGGCCUGUGUUCCAUACUGGAAAGAAUAUUAGCUAUAACUGCUCAAGUAUAACAAUGGCUCCAUAUGGUGAAUACUGGAGGGAGAUCAGAAAGAUUGUUCUUACAGAACUUUUGAGUCCCAAGAGGGUUCAAUCCUUCAAGGCAGUGAUAGAGGAAGAGAUUGGAUUCAUGAUAAAGUUUAUUGAAAGUUCUUCAAGUCCAGUUAAUCUCAGUCAAGUAACACACUCUCUAGUAAAUAACGUAGUGUGCCGAGUUGCUUUUGGUAGGAAAUAUGAGAAAUUUGGAGAUGGUGGCUCAAGCAAAUUUCAUGACUUGCUUAGAGAAGUACAAGACUUGGCUGCAGAAUUCAAUUUAUCAGAUUUCUUUCCAAGGAUGGAGUGGCUUAACAGAAUCAAUGGCCUAGAAGCAAGACUACAGAGGCAUUUUGGAGAGCUUGACAAGGUGUUUGAUGAAAUGAUAGAAGAGCAUCUUUAUCCCAGAAGGCCUAAUACUGAUCAUGGAGAUCUUGUUGAUGUACUGCUUCGAUUUCAUAAUGAUCCCAAUCAAGCAAUUGCCCUUAAAACCCACCAAAUCAAGGCUGUUAUCUCGGAUGUGUUCAUUGCAGGGACUGAUACUUCCGCAGCCACACUUGAGUGGACAAUGACUGAGCUGAUGAGGAAUCCAUUAGUGAUGAGAAGAGCACAAGAGGAGGUAAGAAGCGUAGUCAAGGGAAAGAAGACGAAGGUGGAACAGAAAGAACUCUCUCAACUAGUUUAUCUGAAAUCAACGAUUAAGGAGUCAUUCAGAGUCCAUCCACCAGCACCAUUACUUGUCCCGCGAGAAACUACAGAGAGUUGUACAGUUAGGGCAUAUGAAAUCCCUGCCAAAGCAAGAGUUUUUGUCAAUGCAGCAGCAAUAGCCAUGGACCCCAAGUUUUGGGAAAACCCAAAAAAAUUUAAACCCGAAAGAUUCCUAGAUAGCUCAAUUGAUUUCAGAGGACAACAUUUUGAGUUGAUCCCGUUUGGGACUGGUCGCAGGAUUUGUCCCGGAAUCAACUUUGCUGUGCAGAUUAUUGAAGUUGCACUUGCAAAUCUGCUUUACCACUUUGACUGGGCAAUGCCUAAUGGGAAAACCAAAGAGGGUUUGGAUAUGGAAGAAGCACAAGGUAUUACAAUGCACAAGAAAACUCCUCUGUAUCUUGUACCCACCAUUGCCACACUGUAAACAUAUGGAAAUCUAUCAAGUAACAAAAAUGCUGUAUUUUCGGGGACAUCCUUAUGGAUUGAAUUAGUCUUUCUGAUAGGUAUC